AAACUUGAAGGCUCGAGUGAAUCUCGUUUUAUUUAUGAUCUUUCAAAUAAUUGAGGGCUUUGAACAGAACCGUCCACUAUUUUCAAGUUAUGGCCGCCACGCGUACUACGUUUCGGCUAAUGUUAGCUUGUAAGCUCUUAGCUUUUAGGCUCUUUGGUUAAAGUCAGUUAACAUGGCGACCAUGUAAAGCUGGCGGGUUGCCUGUCUGACGUGCAAACAAAAUGAGGCUCCCCCGCUGCUGCAUAGGGCUCAGACGAACCUAUUUGGUUUGGCCAAUUCUGCUGCUUCUCCUGGUGAGUGCAGCCCUGACAGCUCUGCUGCCCCCAGCCGAGGACCAAGGAGGUCGUGGUGUCCUGGGAGUGCUUCGCCGGUCCACGUCACAGCAGGACAAUCCUGCACAGGGCCGCCACGGCGAUAGCACAGAGGAGGAGCAGAGAUUCACCAUCAUCAUCCAAACUUACAACCGAACAGACGUUUUGCUCAAACUCCUGAACCACUACCAGGCAGUGCCUCACCUUCAGCGGAUUAUCAUUGUCUGGAACAACGUGGGGGAGCAGACACCCCUGAAGUUAUGGAACUCUUUGGGGCCUCAUCCCGUCCCUGUGGUCUUCAAGGAGCAGACCAAUAAUCGAAUGCGUAACAGACUACAACCAUUCCCUGAGAUUGAUACUGAUGCUGUGCUGAUGCUGGAUGACGACACCCUCGUCAGUGCUCCUGACCUCAGUUUUGCUUUCUCAGUCUGGAAGCAAUUUCCAGACCAGAUUGUUGGGUUUGUCCCGCGGAAACAUGUCUCAACGCCAGGAGGAGUGUACAGUUAUGGCAGCUUUGAACUGCAGGACCCAGAAACAUCUGGAGGGGACAAAUACUCGAUGGUGUUAAUUGGUGCUGCCUUCUUCCACCGCCGCUACCUGCAGCUCUUCCAGGACCAACCUCAAGAGGUGCACGCGCUGGUGGACGAGACGCAGAAUUGUGACGACAUUGCCACAAACUUUGCCGUCGCCCUGUAUUUGAGGAAACACUUCACAAGCAGCAUUAAGAAACCGUCUGGGGUCUUUGUCAAGCCCGUGGACCUCCGCAACCUGGAAAAGGAUGCUAGCAGUGGGUAUCAGGGUAUGUGGCACCGUCCAGAACACCUCCUUCAGAGAUCCUACUGUCUGAACAGGCUGACACAGAUCUAUGGCUUUAUGCCACUCUGCUUCUCCAACCUGAUGGUCUCCCAGUUUGGCUUCCCCAGCUAUGCAAACCACAAGACUCGAGGCUGAAGACCCGCCACACUGCUGACUGUUUUGGAUUGAAAGAGGUAGCCAUCUGGUAAAUGUGUUUGUGAAAAAUGUCGGUCUGUCAUGGAUUCUCAUCCUUUAGACAAGGAGACAGCAAAUACUCUUGAUUUUCUACACAUGGUCCAGAAUGACAUAUUUAUUAACGUUAUCUGUAUAUUGUUGCCAAAGAUGCCUUUCCCUCGGCAUGUACAACUCUGUGAAUUAUAGUGCAGUUACUUUAUAGCCAGCAGGUGUCAGUUUGGGAUCAACAUUGACAGUUUGCCUGGUUUGUAAACAUGAAACACUAAUGCUGUCUGAUUGUCUUUUUUACUACAUUUAGUAUUGUUUAUGGAAUGUGUCAGUUGGUGAGCUUGGCGUACAUUCCCUACACAUUUUUAAUAAAUGUUAGCUGCUAAUAUUCUUAAGUAAUUUUGGCCAAAAAUAAUCAGAGAAUAAAACAGAAUCAAUAUU